GGAUGGACUAGAGGAGGCUUCCUUGAAAAACAAACAGAUAGAAUAUCUGAUUCUGGCUUUGAUGAAGAGACAGUGAAGAUCACUAUCUCUUCAUGAAAGCUAUAUUAUCUAUUUAUCACGUGUUCUCAAAAAUCCAGCGAAGUGCACAGGUAGCUUCUUUCACUUUUGACUCCUUCACCUCCCACCUCAUACAGUCGCUUUCUAUUCCUUUUAUUUCAGCACUUUUUCGCUGACUAUAAGACUUAAAUCAACUUGAAAUUUCAAGGCUAAUCCUCGACUUGAAAUGUUCGACUCUCAGCCUACAAAGCGCGCUCGUGCCAAUACAGCCGGCGACGCCCACGACGCCUCCACGCCAGCCGAACAGGACCAUCUCUCCCAGACACGCACCAAUGCAGAGCAACUCGACAAAGCAAGCCUGGUGGAGCUCGUCGCCCAAGCCGUGCGGUUGCAUCCUGAUAUCGAGAACUUGCUAGAUAGUACGCUGCAUCGAAUUCACGAGAGGGAGGGAAACCGCGUGAUCAGCUUCGAAGGGCUGUCCGGUUCGAUCUGGAAGAGCCUGAACGUCACGCACGCCCGACUCAGCGGCUCAAACCAGUACGAUAUGGCGGGCGAAGUGUGUCGUGAGAUCAACGAGACUGUUGAAAGUAUCGCGGCGCGGUGUGGGCCCUCUGCGAACCCGAAGACGCGGUUCAAUGGACUCUCUGUUCUGCGCAAGAUCGGCAAGUCAAUCGCUUACGCUGUGGAUACUCUUGGCCACGAGGUUCAUAAACAAUAUCAGUGGGAUACGUCUUUGGAAGAGGCGAUGGCGAAGAUCAUUCGGUCGAUGGAACGGGAGGAGAGAGAGAGUAUUAGGUGGGAUGAAGGUCCUGAUGCUCUCUGGUUUAAGUUACUGGAGCUGCAGGAUCUGGCGGAGGACUUUUGUAUUUUUGUAGAGCUGAAUGAUGCUGUUGCUCUGCUAGAAGAUGAAGACGAUGAGGAUGAUGAUGAUGAUGAUGAUGAAGAUGAAGAUGUAGAUGAGGUGGAAGACUUUUAUCAGGAGGGCGAGUAUUAUGAGGAGGAGGUCUAGAAGACACUAUAGAGUGAGAGCAUUGCAUAUCGAAUAGGAC